AUGGAUACAUCAUACAAUCAUUUGAUAUUUAAAUUCAGUUCUGUCUGGCUUCGUCCAUUCCAAAGUCAGGAACUUUAUCUGUCAUCAUGCAAGUUGGGGCCUAAAUUUCCAAGCUGGAUUCAAAAUCAAAAUACUCUGAAUGAGCUUGACAUCUCUCACAGUCAAAUCUCAGAUACAAUUCCUAUCUGGUUCUGGAAUGUCUCUAUGAUAUUUCAUCUAAAUCUCUCUUCCAACAACCUUAGGGGUAAUUUUCCCUAUAUAAAUAAUUACACUGAGGUGAUAGAUUUGAGUUCAAAUUCUUUUGAUGGACCACUGCCACAAAUUCCUGCAGGUUGUAGGGAGAUAAAUCUAUCUCAGAAUAAGUUUUCAGGGACACUCCUUUCCUUGGGAAUAGUCGAAGACAGAGGUUUUUACGUACUGGAUUCUUCUGGAUCAAGUGGUUCUACUGGUCCAACCUUUCUUGAUAUCUCACAUAACAAAUUGUUUGGUGAACUUCCUGAUUUUUGGAUGCGUUUAUCAUUCCUAGGGUUUCUUAACUUAGGAUAUAACAAUUUUUCUGGAAGAAUUCCACCGUCAUUAGGGAACAUAAUUCCUCUCCAGACACUGAUUCUGCGAAACAAUAAGCUCCACGGUGGCCUGCCUGAAUCUUUAAGAAAUUGUAGCAGCCUUGGCUUUGUGGAUCUUGGGUUGAAUAAGCUUUCAGGUAAGGUGCCAUCAUGGAUUGGGGAAGAUCUACCGCAUUUAUAUGCUCUAAUCCUAAAAUCUAAUAGGUUUUAUGGAAGCUUACCUUAUGAAAUAUGUCAGCUAUCAAAUCUUCAUUUCUUAGAUCUGUCCAUGAACAGAAUUACAGGGAGUAUUCCUACAUGCUUUGAUAAUUUUACUGCCAUGAUCAGAAAAGGAAAGGAGGUUGUUGAACAUAUCUAUUAUUCUGACGAUCCAUUGUUAAGUAGUCCAUCUCAGUAUAGCUAUUCUUAUGUUGAUAAAGUGUUGGCAAGAUGGAAAGGGCAGGAGUAUGAGUAUGGUAGCAAUUUUGCAUAUCUUAAGAUGAUUGAUCUGUCAACCAAUAAAUUGACCGGAGAAAUUCCAAUAGGGAUUACCAGACUUCUAGAACUCAAGGGAUUAAACUUGUCAAAUAAUAGGUAUUAUGGAAAAAUUCCUCUGGAGAUUGGCGAAUUGAAAGUGUUAGAAAGCUUAGACUUGUCCACAAACAAAUUUUCAGGUGAAAUUCCUCCAAGCAUGUCUGGAUUAAGUUUUCUUGCUUUCUUAAAUCUCUCAAACAACCACUUGUCUGGAAAAAUCCCAUCUGGUACUCAACUCCAAGGAUUCAAUGCUUCCACUUAUGAGGGGAACACUGGACUCUGUGGUAAACCACUGACAAAUAUAUGCCCCGGAGAUAAACCAGCUGAUCGCGACACACCUUCCUCCAGCGAGGAUGAAAAUGAUGAAGGAAACAGUGAAUACAAAACGUGGCUGUGUAUAGGUGGUGUACUUGGUUUCAGUACUUCUUUUUGGGGAAUCAUUGGAACUCUAGUACUAAACCGUCGCUGGAGACAUGCAUAUUAUCUGUCCUUGAACAACUUGAAAGAACGAAUUUAUGUUGCCAUGGCUGUGCGUAUUGGCAGAUUACAGAGAAAUUUUAGGGGUGAUCAUGUACUUGGUUGA